AUGUCAUCUAUAAUACUACCUGGAGACUCACUUCCAAUAGAGCCCGCAUCAUCAACCAAGACCAAAAUUGGUCCUGGCAUCUACAAAGAACCCAAGUCGCAAAAUCUAAUUCCUUCCACUGCUGGCAUUCUACACGUCAAUCAGAACCAGCAACAACACUCACAACUUGUAUACAUAGAGUCCAACACCAAGCGAUACAUUCCUCACAACAAUGAUUUCGUUAUUGGAACAGUAGUUGGGUCCAUUGGUGACUACUACAAAGUAUCAUUACAAGACUACUCGGCGCCUGUCUUGUUAUCAUUUAUGGCUUUCCCCAACGCCAGUCGCAAGAAUCGACCAAACUUAACCACGGGGCAAGUUGUAUACGCAAGAGUGGUUAAUGAUGAUAACGACUCAACUUUUGAAACUGAGUUGGAGUGCUUUGAUGCGUCAAACAAUCGGGAAACUGGUGGGUUUGGUGUAUUGGACGAUUCUGGAUACGUGUUUGACGUGCCGUUGAAUUUCGCUCGUGAAUUGUUAUUCAAUCCUAAACUGCCGGUAUUGGAAUUCUUGGCUAGCCGGGUCCAAUUUGAAAUUGCUGUGGGGAUCAAUGGGAAAAUUUGGUUAAAGUGCAGUGAGGGUUUGCAAAGUGGACAGGAGCAACAUCAGCAGCAGCAACAACAACAACUAGCUCGUGGUGAUGGUGGUGAAGACGGCGAUGGUGAAGAUGCUCGAAUGAGAGGUCUAAAUGAAGCUGGAGAUGAUGCAGAAAGUUUGAAGGCUAGGAAUGUCAAAAACUUGAAAGCAACGUUGUGGGCAGUUGAGUAUUUGAAACGGAGCCAAAGUAGUCCAACAAGUUGA